CCGUUAUAUUUUCCGGGAAAGUUGUUUAUACGGAUGAACAUACAGCUCUGCCAUGUUCACCCUCUCGAUUCAAAGAACUGAAUUCCUGAAUUUUUUUAGCCAUGGUUCCGUACCUCUCAACAAAUUUCAAAGGCUUUCCCUUUGUCCCACCAUGAAAAUGGAUUCUAAAUCGUUCGAAAAGGUGAAAAAGGAAGAGCUCUCGAUACAGCUACAAAAGUCGUCGGUUCCCCAGCUUGAAAAUCCUAGACCCUCUAAUCUCAGGUUCAACCGGCUGCAACCGUCGGAUCAUGAGCUUAAUCAAGACCACAUAUUAGAAUUCGGAAGAUUCGUUGCAAGGGAGGCCGUUCUUGAUGAAGAAUUCUGGACAGCAGCUUGGCUGAGAGCAGAAACUCACUGGGAGGACCGACUAGGCGAAAGAUACGCCGAUAACGUCAAAAGGCAAUUCGCUGAGGAGGAGUUCAAUGCUAUAAAAAGGCUAUACAGUGGGCAACAAGGGCAGACAUAUACAUGUGUUGUCACGGUUAGGAAGGAGGAGAGGAAUGUCAAGCACACGGUGUUGAAAAGUGUGGUUGGAACCCUUGAUUUCAGCAUUCGGCAUUUGUUGCACGGAGAGUCUUUUCCCGGGGAACGUGAAAAGCAUAUGUUCUGCAGCAUCAGCAGAACAGACCUGAAUAAAUAUGUUUAUGUUUCCAACUUAUGUGUAGCAAAAUCAGCUCGUAGACAAAGCAUUGCUAGCAAUAUGUUGUAUUAUGUUAUCGAAUCAGUGAGAUCGAAGGGUGUGGAACCAGUUACGUGCAUGUUCAUAGAAACAAUGAACCCGCUCUUGAACUGUAUCAAAAGAUUGGUUUUGAGAUGGUUGAAAUGGCAAAUCACUCUUAUUGAAGCAGCAGAUGUACUUGCUUUGUUACAAGACAUGAAAUUUCUGUUGAAACAUAAAUCCAGGAUUUUUUUUUAUUUUGAAUGAAAGAAAAGAAUCCCUUUACGACUAUGUAAUCUUGUCAGGAUUUGAAUGAUUUAGUGAUGGGGAAAUAUUAGGAUCUAGUCCCCAAAUAUGUAAUCCACUGCCAUUACUGCUUAGGGGAGUUUAUGUUUGGAAAUCAAA